UCUCUCUCAAAUAAACAGAGAAGAAGAGAGGAUAUAAAUAUUUGACCACCACUAGAGAGAAAGAAACUCGCCGCUUGGUAUUUUUUUAGUUUUGGUCUCUGAACGUAGCAGUAAGCACCAUAUCUCGAGCGCACUAAGCUAUUUGGCGUGGACAGUGGAAGAAGAUACGAUGGACUACAGAAAAGAUCGUGGCUCAUCAUGGAAUUGGCAAAGUCACUACUGUAAUCACAAGCCACAGUCACGUUUCUCUGAUGUGAGGGAGUGUACGAUGAUUGAAGUCACAUUAAACCAAGAAGACCACUCCUACAUGUUUGAUGAUGAUAAUGAAUCCACCACCCCAGUGAAGGCCUGUACCGAGUCGGGUUAUCAUCAUGUCACAACAGAUGAAACGAUCAAGAAGAAGCUGGAAGUGCCACGUGAGACGCGUUCUUCUGUAAAGAGGCGUCGGAUGUUACAGUUCGAAGACCAGCCUGUGGAAACAACCCUUUUCAGAAGUGAGAGCUUCUCUUCAAUCUUAAGAUCAAGCGCUAGAGAGGAUUCAUUUGAUGAGCUUCUACCCGAAGGAUCUCAGCUUAUAGAAGAUGCUUCUGCCUCAAGCUUUGAGGGCAUUGAUGAACUGUAUGCUGAAGAGUGGUAUGUUGACUGCUUAAAUGAUCCUGAGGCUCCAACCCUACCUGAUGACUUAAGCUUUGGUUCCCCUGAUGUCCAUGUAGAUAUAUCAGAGUAUCUAAACCUCCCACCAGAAACAAGUGAAGUUAAGCGACCUGUGACUCGUUCUUCUCCAAAUGUUAUCUUCAAAGCUAGAAAAUCUUUUGCAAGGCCGGUUCCAAAGCUAGCGUCGUCUUCUGUCAUCUAUCCAUUUUCAUUCAUCAAACCAUGUGGGAUGGUUGAUGGAGACAUCAUGACUCUCAAGGACAUCAACCAGAAAAUUCUAACUCCACCAGGGAAACCAAAGGAGAACAAAGCAGAGACGACUCCAGUUAUUCAAACUUCAGCGUUCUCUGGGAAACCUGUUGUUGGAAAGACUAAGAUCCGCACUGAAGGUGGUAAAGGAAGCAUCACGAUUAUGAGGACUAGAGGCUAAAUCCAUAUAAGUUGAGUAGAAAGUAUUUUUUUAUGUUUUUAAAACAUUUUUAUUUUCCGGGUAUAGUUCCAGUCAAUGGCCUUUAAUCAAGUACAGUGGUUAGUACUUUUCAAGUAUGAAUCAUGUUCUUGUUUCA